UGUACUGUAUGUGCUGUAAGACAGUCCUUAAGAUAUGCUGAGGUAGUUUGGCAUAUCAGACUUGUGUGUCGUUCGUCCCGCGUUUCAAUCGUCCUGGCCCUACCGAUCUGAACAAAGAACAAACUUGACCGAGACCGGUCAAACGUGACCUGUAGCAGAUAAAUCCUGGUUGAUAACACAAUAGCUGCAUCUGUUUCUGCCAUGAUCCCUGACAGCAUGCCUGGUGCCAAGCUAGAGGAUCCGGAGGAACAGCCGUUGAGGAUCAUGUUUCUUGGAAAGAGUGGGGUGGGCAAGAGCUCGAGUGGAAACACCAUCUUCGGGCAACAUGUGUUCAGAUCAGAAAUGACGCUGGCUAGAGUCACCAGACACUGUGAAAAGGAGGUUGGGAAAGUCAUGGAUGUGCCUGUCGCCGUGAUCGACACACCCGGCUUUGAGACUGACCACAACAAGGAGGAAAUUGAGCGAGAGAUUCUGAAGUGUGUCAAACUCCAAGAACCAGGACCUCACGCCUUCGUGUAUGUUAUCUCUGUUGGAAGGAUGACUCAGGAAGAUCAAAAUACCAACGCAGUGAUCGAAGAAAAGUUUGGCCCGAGAGUGUGGGACUACACCAUCGUCCUGUUCACCCACGGGGAUCGUUUGGAGGGAAAAACAAUAAACGACAUCGUCACUGUCAGUGACGACAACCUCCGCAACUUCAUCCGCAAGUGCAGCGGCGGGUUCCACGUCUUCAACAACAAGAACCCGGAGGACCAGGUCCAGGUGACCAGCUUCAUAGCAAAGAUCCAGACCCUGGUGGCCCUGAAUGGAGGGGGCCAUUACCACACAGCCCUGUAUCCUGAAGAGGAGAAGAAGAUUAGGAAGAGACAGGAGAGCAUCCUGGCAGAGAGAGAUGAAGAGAUCAGCAAAAAGGAGAGAGCGCUGCAGGAGCGUCACCAGGGAGAAGAGCUGGAGGAGAAGAAGAAGGAGCUGUGGAGGAAAGAGGAGUUCAACUCAAGACUGGCUGCAGAGAAGGAGAUCAGGAGGUUCUCAAACAUGUGGAAUAUUUUGAGAUUCAUCCUAAUCCUGGGAGGCAUAGCACUGACCCUGGCAGGUUUGUGGCCUCUAGUGGUAAUCAUCUUUGUCAUUUGGAUUUUCUUUGGGGAGUUUCCAUCUGUCAGGAAAAUAUCAGGGCUUUCUAAGAAAACUAAAUAGGCUAGCUGUUUAAGGUAGCUAAUAACUCAUUUAUUACUUGGGGGUCUAUAGUGGAUGCUCGAUUAAUGUAAUAGAUUGUAGUCCAACAUGUUUUUUUUAAUGUAUCUGUGCAUAAUUAGAAAACAGAAAAGGCAUGAUUUUAUAGCUUUCUUGCUCUUUCAUGUUUAAGAUCUAAUCCACUCUCAUGUAACACAACUGUAAAAAAUAAUAAUAAUAAUAAAAUAUAAAUUGGAAGUGGUAUUUCAA